GAGACAUCCUCGGCACCCCCACCGUCAAGCAACCCCUCAAGUUUCCGCGACCUCAAGAUGUCCGGCCAAAUUAGCAAGAAGCGCAAGUUCGUCGCUGACGGUGUCUUCCGCGCCGAGUUGAACGACUUCUUCACCCGCGAGCUCUCCGAGGAGGGUUACUCCGGCUGCGACGUCCGUGUCACCCACGCCCGUACCGAGAUCAUCAUCCGUGCUACGCACACCCAGGAGGUGUUGGGCGAGAAGGGUCGCCGCAUCCGCGAGCUCACCGCGCUCGUCCAGAAGCGUUUCAAGUUCCCCGACAACUCCCUCGAGCUCUACGCCGAGAAGGUCCAGUACCGUGGUCUCUCCGCUAUCGCUCAGUGCGAGAGCUUGCGUUACAAGCUACUCGGUGGUCUCGCCGUCCGCCGUGCUUGCUAUGGUGUCCUGCGCUUCGUCAUGGAGUCCGGCGCCAAGGGUUGCGAGGUUGUUGUCUCGGGCAAGCUCCGUGCUGCCCGUGCCAAGUCGAUGAAGUUCACCGACGGCUUCAUGAUCCACUCCGGUCAGCCCGCUCUCGACUUCGUUGACUACGCCGUCCGCCACGUCAUGCUCCGCCAGGGUGUCCUCGGCAUCAAAGUCAAGAUCAUGAAGGGAUGGGAUCCCGAGGGUCAGCUCGGCCCCCGCAAGCCCCUCCCCGACUCCGUCCAGAUCCUCGAGCCCCCUCUCGACAAAAUCGUGGCCGAGCCCACGUCCGAGCAGCGCGAACCCGCUGUCGUCGCUGCUCCCGCCCCGGCUGCGGAGGAGCCUGCUGCGUACCCGGCCCAGGAGCCGUUCCAGCAGUCCUUCGAGCAGCCCGCAGCGUUCUGAUUUACUUCUACUUACCGUGUUGUACGACGUAUGCCGGCCACUGGCCUCACGCAAUCAUGAUGCUCUCACAUGCAGCCAUGUGAAUGUAUGUGGAAAUGCA